AUGUCUUCGGAAAGCAGCUCGAGUAGUUCAUCAUCACAAGUGAACCUGAGAACCAAGCUCGGAGAAAAGGUCAUCGAAGUCAAUGCCAUCAAGACCGGGUCACCGCAGGGUGGUUCGAGCAAGAACGCGCCCAUCAAGACGACCAUCUCGCAAGCACACAUCGACUACAGCGUGGGUGCACCUUCGUCAAUGACCGAACAUGCGGACUACAGCCUGGGCACGUCUCCGCAAUGGACCAACAUGUUCGCACCAAACCGCCCUUACGGUGUAUACGACCCCUACAAUCCUUACAGCCCGUACAACCCGUACAAUCCUUACAUCGUCUAUGCACCACGUCAUCCUUGUCCCAUCCAUGGCUAUCGGGGCCCUACACCCAUCGCGUCGGCACACAAGGCACCUACAACUGCCUUGUCCCCACACCCGUGCCCUAAGCCCACCGCAUCACCGCCAUGUGCUCCCAAGAAGACCGGCGGGUCACCACGACCUGCCGCUACGACUGCUGCGUCACUCCAUUCUAUUCAUACCCCCGCGGCAUCACCACAAGCGAGUGCCACUUCCGUAUCCACGGGACACGCCCCCGAAGGUGCCUCGACCGCGGGACCGGCAUCGCCACAGCGACCACUGGUGUUCGAAUUGUACGGGAAGGAGAUCGUCGUUCAAGACGGCUACGACAUUGAAGAGGAAUACAUUAACAAUCAGCUCGUCCGCCGCACUGUCAAUGGUGUGGUUGAACCCUUGCCAAAGAAAAAGUGA